AUGCUUUGCGCCCCCGCCCAGAUCGUCGAAGUCGACUCGGUCUCUCAGAUUGUCACUGCCAAAGGUGUCGAUUACGAGGUGACUGUUUCGGCUGUCGAUGCCUACGUUUUCGACAAGGAAAAGUACGGCCUUUACAUCAAUGAAGGCCGCGUCUACAUCUUCGGGAAGCUUGCUGCCGGCGACUUCUACAACAAGAAGCUGCAGCUUCACCGCUUCGUCUUUCCUGACGAGGUUCCCGCCAACAUGGUGAUCGAUCACGCCGACCAGCGACCGCUCAACAACGUCCGCACGAACCUUCGUGCGGUCAGCCAGUCAUUCAACGCGAUGAACGUCACCCGCAAGAAACAAAGCGAAUACUUUGUCGGUGUCAGGAAGACCAAGACCGGCAAGUUCUACGCGAAGUGGGGAAAGAAGCAGCUGGGUACGUUCGAUACGGCUCGGAUUGCAAAGACGGCUCGCAGUCUUGUUGCUCGAGGAGAAGGGAAGAAGUGGGAGGAGAGAGAGUCGGUCUUCGAGCCGACGGUGAAAGAGAUGCAGGCGGCUAUUCGGGGCAUGGAGAAACGGAACGAAAAACGUGGUGUCUAUGGGUUGGGAGGUCUGUCGCUUCACGUGUCGGGACUUUGGCAGGCCACUUUCCGGUCGACUCAUCUCGGUUACUUCAAGACGAAGGAAGAGGGGCAGGCUCGCGUGGAUGCAGCGAUCGCAGAGUACGACAGGAAGAAGGAGGAAGAGGAUGCAGCGGUCGUCAUUCCAAGGACUACGGACGGAAAUAUUGCCUACCUGACUGCCUUGAACGGGGAGAAGGUUCUGGUCGACGACGACAUCUACAUGAAGAUGUACCGCAAUAAGAUCUCUGUUGCAAAGGACGGGUACCCAAGGUUCUUGAACAGAUAUCUUCACCGGUCUGUUCUUUUGGACCCGUACAACACUCGCACGCACCACAUGGAUCAUAGGAACGAGAACAAGCUGGACAAUCGGAGGGCUAACCUACGCAUCGUUCCUAUUGUGGUGAAUGCGAUGAACGUCACGAAGGAGUCAAAGUUGGGAUUUCGUGGAGUCGUUCAAAAACCCGAUGGGAAGUUCAAGGGCUACGUUAACAACAGAAAAGUCUGGCCGCACAAGAUCACUUCAAGGACUUUCGACACGGCCGAGGAAGCUUAUGCCUGGCGUUUUGCACUUCACCAGCAGAUCUAUCCCGAGUUGUACAAGUAG